AUGAUUUGGAAGUGGAUGGCGUUUGUCAUUUGCAUGAUGGCCAUGCUCAUGAUGAGCAGCACCGGCAACACGUGGACAUUGAUCCAAACGGCGGCGUUGGCAGUAAGGAUUAGCUGCUGGCUCGUGUCGGGGUUCAUUCUGUGCCACGGGUCACCCCCGCUGCACCGCCUCGCUCACGAACUGUGCAUUAGCCAGCACCAGCAUCAGCAAUGCUUGCCGUGA